AUGAGAGAGGAGAGAGGGAGAGAGAGGUGGGAGAGAGGAAAAAAAAGAGGAGAGAGAGAGAGAGAGAGAGAGAGAGAGAGAAGAGAGAGGAGAGAGAGAGAGGAGAGAGAGAGAGGAGAGAGGAGAGAAAAAAAAAAAGAGAGAGAGAGGAGAGAGGGAGAGAUGAGGAGAGAGAGGAGAGAGAGAGAGAGAGGAGAGGGAGAGAGAGAGGUUGGAGAGAGAAAGAGAUAGAGAGGAGUGGAGAGAGAGAGAGAGAGGAGAGAGAGUUUUUGAGAGAGAGAGAGAGAGAGAGAGAGAGGGGAGGAGAGAGGAGAGAGAGAGAGGAAAGAGGGAGAGAGAGAAAGAGAGAGAGAGAGAGGGAUAGAGAGAGAGAGAGAGAGAGAGAGAGAGAGAGAGGAGAGAGAGAGAAUGGGCGAAGGGGAUAGAUUGCGAGGGGGAAUGGGGU